AUGUGUGCUCUACGAGGAGGAAUGAGGCUAAGCGGGCAGUUCGAGCAAGGUCAGUCUUCGAUCCAGUGCAGACGCUAUUGCCUUCAAUGGCUUCAUUCCUAUAGUGUCUCACGACUGACUUAUGCUCCUUACCCCAGGCUUGUCAUCCCUUCGAUCGCUGUCCGAUGCACUCGCCUCAACUUCUCGCAUUCCUGCUCGGCAAGUCACGCCCUCAGCAUCAUCUCCAUUCCACACGAGCAGCACCUGCCAUGUCAUCGCUCAGCGAACUCCUCGACAGAGAAAAGCUGCCAAGCUAAAGAAGCAGCGCAAUCGGGAUACGCAGGAGCUCAAAAGGCGGCUCUUUGAAGCUUCCAAGCCCGAUCCCAUUCUGGGUCAUCAGCUCAACGCCAAGGGAGAGAGCUUGUGGAAGGAAUGUGAAUUGGCAGGACUAUUGCUGGAUAGGGAUGUCGUGUGGGGUGUAAAAGAAGAUCGAAGAGGCAACUUGGUUUCCAUUUCCGAAAAGGAAGAUCCGCCCGAGUCCGUCAAGGCUGCUCGCGAAGAAGAGCGACUUCAAGCUGAGAGAGAGGGCGGCCCGGUACGUCUAAAUUUCGGCCUGACACUGUCGGAUCGAAAGACGUUGUUUGGUCAUUUGCCGACCAUAGUGGCAGAGGAUAAUGUGCUCAAUGCUCACGCUCUCCAAUUGUCAAGAGGAGAUUCGGGAGCUUUGAAAGCGGCAGAAGAGGAUUUGGAGAGGAUGGAAGAGGCGGAAAAAGUCAAGAGCGAUACGCUCUCGAGGAUAUUGGAUCUGCGAAAUGCGAGCGCUAGGGGCAUUCAGGUGGAGAAUAUUCGUAGGAUCAUUGAUCACUUUGGCAAUCGCGGUCCUCGACUUCCCAAAGAUACGGGCAGCGUCGAGGUACAAGGUGCGUAGUGUCGAGGUUUGACACGUCAAAGCUGGGGCAUAGCCAAGCAGCAUGCAUCUCACUCCUUCUCUUUCGCUGUCUCUCACUCGCUUCGCACGCCAACAGCUGCCGUCCUCACCUACCGCAUCCGUUCCAUCCUUUUCCAUCUCAACGAUGGACACCGCAAGGAUCAUUCAAAUCGACGCAGCAUGUCCAACCUGGUUCAACAACGAGCCAAGCUCCUCAAGUAUCUCUUCAAAAAGGAUCAGAACAGGUUCGAGGCCAUCUUGCCGCGCGUCGGGCUCGAAGCUAGGGCUGUUCUUGGGGAGGUCAUCGUGCCUGGUAUGCCCAAGGUUCGCAGGGCUUGA